AUGAUGAACGAGACCAAGCUUCAGGAGAAGGGGUACACCUUCACAAGCUACCACACCAUCAUGGCGCAGAACGAUUCUUACACGUUGCAUUGGUCGGGCGGCGAGGAUGUUAGGAUUCGCAAAGGGGUUACAUCAUUGGAGACGUUGAACAACACAACGGAGGAUGGAAAUGUUGUAGUUGAAGCUGGCGAGCAGGUGGUUCUUCAAAGUGUCUGGUACAAGAAGACUUAG